UCCCCUGCUGCAUUCGCUUCUCCUUUCUUUCUUGCCAAAAGAAGAAAUUCGUUGUAGGCAGCAGUCCCCCCAAGCAGAGGCAGAGCUCGAGAGAGGAAGGAGGACAGCCAUGGAUGCUUCGGCCCUCAACAACCCGCGCCUCAAGGCGCUCAUAGAGGAGGAGAGAACGAAGGCCUUGACAAAUGAGCUCGUGGCAAAGCUGACGCUUGCUUGCUGGGACAAAUGCGUUACUGGGAGCAUCGGAAGCAGCUUCAGCAGGAGCGAGGCCUCGUGCUUGUCCAACUGCGCGAAACGCUUCGCCGAAGUGAAGAUGAUGACCAUGCAACGCUUCACCGAGCGGUAGCUGAAAUCACAUAGGCCAAAUGGAGUGGAGUAACUGUGUUCUGCAGUAGCACGAAUUUUGUUAUCUUUUUGCUGUCAUACUAUCGUUGGUGAGAGUGAGAUGAUAGAGAGACAUGUCCAGUGUCCAAUGAUCUUUUAGUACUUCUCUAAACCUGAUGGGAUGAAGCAGGUACUAAGAAAUAUAUGCGUUUAAGGUGAUGUUGAACUGAAA